UCUUCUACACCAGACAUUAAAAAAUCAAGUUUAAAAACCAGUGUUGAUUGUUUAACUAAACAUCUCAUAAGAAAUGAUGAAAGCAUUCACUGCAAUUCGCUGCCCUCAGCUUACUUAUCUCUCUAGACAAUUUUUGUCAGUUCCAAGGCCUUGGCUAUCUUUUCCUAGGAAACUCUUCUCUUGCCAAGCAUUGUUUGAAGCAGAUUCUGGGAUAGACGGAUCAUUCAGCGCAAGAGUGCUGUCUCCAACGCUAUUGGCAGCAGAAAAAGAAGAAGCCAAGGCUGUUUUGACAUUAUUCUUGAAGAAACGAGGUCUAAGCAAUGUAGUCGCGGCAAGAACUACCAAGUCAUCAGACCUGUUUAUUGACCACCUUAUCUCUAGGCUUCAUUCUGUUCAUAAAUCUCGGUAUCUAGUAGGACGAGAGCUCACAACUCUAGAAAUCAGGGAGGCUCUCACUCCUUACCUUGAAUCCUUACUUGAAGAGCAUGGAAGUGUUCUGGUAGAUUUAGUGGAGAACUUUCCAAACCUGCUCAGUAAAGGAAAACCAGUUUCGCCUGUUAGUCCACUUGAUAUAACUGCCAACUCGAAGAAAUUGAAAGCUAUUUCCCGAGUAAGUGAGACAGGCCCUGCUGGGCAGCUUCCUCCUCAUGUUCUGUAUCUCAUGGACUUUGGUCUGGAUCUCGAGCGGAUCAAGGGAAUUACGAGCAGAUUUCCAGCUUUUGCUUAUUACAGCCUGGAGGGCAAAAUUAAGCCAAUUGUUGAGUUCCUUCUUGAUCUCGGGAUACGCAAGUCAGAAAUUCCAACCAUUCUUGUCAAAAGGCCCCAACUGUGUGGAAUUAGUCUCUCGGAAAAUCUCAUUCCGACAAUGGCAUUCUUAGAAGAGCUGGGAGUGGACAAGAAACAAUGGGCUAAAGUUAUAUACCGUUUUCCAGCAGUUCUUACAUAUAGCAGGCAAAAGGUCGAAUCAACUGUAAAUUUCCUUUAUGAGAUGGGCGUCUCAGCGGAAAGCAUUGGCAAGAUUCUAACUCGCUGUCCGAACAUUGUAAGUUACAGUGUGGAGGAAAAACUUAGGCCAACAGCUGAGUAUUUCCGCAUGAUGGGGGUUGAUGUUGCUGUUCUGCUGCACCGAUGUCCACAGACAUUUGGUCUCAGCAUCGAGACCAAUUUGAAACCUGUGACGGAGUUUUUCUUGGAAAAGGGAUACUGUAUAGAGGAAGUGGGAACAAUGGUUCAAAGAUAUGGAGCCUUAUAUACUUUUAGUUUGUCAGGAAAUGUGAUACCAAAAUGGGAGUUUUUCUUGACCAUGGAUUAUUCAAAAGAGGAGCUUGUCAAAUUUCCUCAAUAUUUUGGUUACAGCUUGGAAGAGAGGAUAAAACCAAGGUAUGCAUUAGUAAAGGAGGCUAACGUGAAACUGCUGCUGAACCAAGUUUUAUCAUUAUCAUAUGAUGAUUUUGAUAAGGUUCUGAAAAGGAAAAUAAAGAAAAUGCUUUCUGAUGAUCAUCCACAGGGAAUCGAAGAAUGAGACUGAUUACUGAUGCUAUAAUAAUUUCGAAAACAAAUCCUGGUGGUAUAAUUGCCAAACUGAAACGGUAUUGAUGUUGCAUGGAAAGUUAAGUUUCCGCAUUUCCCUUUGCGGAAAUACUUGUUAAACUCCGAAACUCUAUAUUUGUAAUGGUUUCGGUAUUCUAGGUUUCUGCGUUUCCCGUUUCAGAAUUUCGGUGGAGCAGAUGCAAUUAUAUAAUGUGAAUGAAAAUACAAAUAUGUAGCUGCUGAAAAAUGGGUGUGCAUUCCCAGCUGAAGAAGCUUUUGUCAACAGGGGCAUGUUGGUUUUGCAGUAAACUUUAAUGAAUCGAGUUUGCAGAUAAUGGAUUUGGAGUUAACUUAGUUUGCAGAUAUUAGUUUUUUAAGAUUUUUUAUGUCACAUUUUUUACUGCUUUAUGCUAAUGCCAAUUAAACUUUAAUUCUAGUUUA